AUGGGAUGGGAUCAACUUGCGGCCGAACUAUGGACGAAGAUUGCGGGCGACUGCGACAAGGAUGGAGUCCGCGCCCUUUGCUCUCCAGAAAUGCCACAGCACAUCCGGGACAGUGCUCGCCCUGUUCAAUUCCGAGAUCUGAAAUUUAGAGCAUACAACAUAUGGGACGAUUUGGAUUUAAGCAAUGUCGAUUCGAAUCAAUAUCCAAGUUCCCUAAUCGAAAUGCAGGAACGAUCUCGACAAAGGUUUACUGAGCUCCCGCUGAGCCCAAUGGUACGCCAUGUCCGUCAUUGGCAGUAUAUAGGGCAUUUGCCACCCGAGCAGCCUAUGAAUCCUGACGUGGACAGCGAGCCUGAGUCGGUCCAGGAGAACAUGAAGAAAACGUUUCUGCGAACGUAUGCUGAUGCGAUGUGGCCACUGUUCAGAGCGUCACUUCCCCGCUACGUCGGAUUGACCGAACUUGAAUUGACAAACGUAGUCAUUAACGAUGCGACUGUUACGUCUGUGAACACUUUGGGCAACCUGCGAACUCUGAAAAUCAUCAACUGCAUCGUCCCCCGGUUAACGGUUUUCUUGCGUCCCUUCGACCAUUUAACGGAAUAUAUACAACAAGAAGAGCAUACCACCUUCCGCGUUGAGCUUAUGAUGGCGGUGUGCUCCACCCUGACCAGUUUGACUAUUGGUGCAGGUAAAUAUCACUGGCGCGAGCUGUACUCUGCUCUGGAGCAAUGCCAGGUGCUGCAGGAACUCGUCAUCGAAUUCUUCGAAGUCGAGGAGGUAGCCUUUGAAAGGCCGCCGCCAGAAGCACAUCUUGCGAUCACAGCCUGCCCUCGUUUAAACGACUACACCGGACCCGCCUACUACGCUGCAGAUAUCAUUACAGGUCGGCCUGUGCACACAAUCAGACUCAUACAAUUACCCGAUGGCGCAGAAGAAGAUCCCGAAUGCAUUGAGUGGAUCAGGGAGCAUUUUACAAAGGGAACAGUACCUGUGCUAGUUUUUGAUGGUUCGCGAUGGCCGGCAUAUGCGUGUGCUGAAGAGGCAUUUCCGACGAUAUUUCACGAAUUUCCGGAUCUAUCGUCGUUGCGGAUUGUCAUUGAAGCGUUUGUGUUAACGGAUGAAGUCAAUCUUCGUGACGAAGACGAGAGAGAGAGAUACAAGAGGUGGCAUUACCUGAAUAUCCUCCAUAUUCUCAGUGGACCUCUCCCAUACGAGAUACCGCCGACCUUGGAGACCUUGGAGCUAGUCACUGAUGUGAAUUAUAACGAGCACCCAACUCAUAAUUUUGACGAAGUCGUAGCGGCACUCAGAAACUCUGCAAAUUUUGCAAAUCUGCAAACAUUAGUCGUUGGUACUAAUGAUUGCUUCCAGACGUGGACGAGAUUGGAACCUGGAGUCUGGAACGUCGUACAGGAAGGAGAUGGCUUUGACUUUGAUGGAGAAGGUAGGGAAUACUACAGCGACUCUGAAGACACAUCAGAUGAUCAGGGAAAUAUAACGGAGGAGGAAGAAGCGUCUAUAGAUACUUGA